UGUACCACGAGCGCCGGUUUUUUGUUUAUUAUUGAGUGAUAUUUUAUUUGGGCGGCAAUUUUUAAGAAAAGAAGAAAUAAUUGCUUAAAAUACAAUUCAUUUAAUAUGGAUAAGGCAUUGCAUCAACAAUUAUAUUCCGGCAUGGCCAGACACUCGCUUGGCGGUGCAUCGGCUGCUGGUUUGCGUACAAGGCAAAGUCCCGCCAGUUCCUUUGGCAGCAGUGGAAGAAAAUCUCUUGGCGGUUCUGUGUUGGGUUACGGCGGUGGAGGUGGUUUAAAGAAAUCUGCAGCCAGCAGUGGAGGCAUAGGACAGAGCAGCCGUUACAGUAUUUCAGGACGUUCCAAUCAAUCUGUCCUUGGCAUACGCUCUGAUUUCAAUCUUGUCGAAAGCUAUGGAUUUCAAUUGCCCGUCUUGGUGAAUGAAGCCUUGACUUUUAGUGAGAAAAAUCAAGCGGUGUCGGUGCGAUGCUCCGAAAACGGCUGGGCAUGGGUUGUGCAUGGCCGGCGUUUGUUGGUGUGGCAGUAUAAGGAUGUGCGCAACGCGGGAACUGGUAACUCACCCCCAAAGAGUGCUAAAGAGCUAAUGGCACGUUCGUCACAAAGAAGAGCAGGCGCCAUGGCUCAGUGUCGCGAAUUGACUUUACCGCAUUGUGAUAUUGGCCAUAAAGCUUCCUUGGUCAGCGUUUUCUUAAGCGAGGGUCAACAGAUGGCAUCGUGUGUUGCUGUCUCGCCAACAGGGGAUGUUCGCUAUUGGCCAUCAAUAGCACAUGAUGGGAGUUCAGUAGAUUUAACAAACAUUUUGGAUGGUCAAGAAUUUGAUCACAUGUUGACUUUGCCUCCGCAACAGAUGCCUAUGAGUUAUUUGCUGGUAACCACCACAUGUAGUUUGGUUUUAUUACAGCUGCAACUGCAAAAUGGUCGCCAUGUCUUGCAGCAUAAGACAAUACGGCAGCCAUCAGGAUUUUUGGGAGGAAUAGGCAAGAAGUUUGCUUCCAUCAUUAUUGGAAUGAAUAGUGGUAGCGAUAAGGAAAAUAAAUUUGUUGCUGUGGCAUGUGAUCCUUUGUCUUCAGGAGAUCGUGAAGCUGUGAUUUCUGUACUAGCUGAUCGUUGGCUACAGCGCUGGCGCUUAAACCACACCGGUCAUAAUGAGCAAAUGUUGUUUGAAGAUGGAGAAGUUAUACGAAAAAUUCGUGAUGAAUUCUUGCAAAAGUUUUGGAAUGUCAGAGAUAGUGUCGAUGUGAAUUUGCAGCUUUUAGAUAUGCGCAUAUUUGAGAGUAAAACCUAUAUUCUAGCAGGCGCUGUUAAUGGUCCCCAUACACCUCAAAUGUAUUAUGGCAUGGCUAUCCUUACCACCAGCAAUGAAGGCAUGCAUUUGCAAUCUUUUGUCCCCCUGAAAUUCUCUCAAUUCUAUAGUGUCUCAACUGAGAAUGAUUGCUUGAGUUUGCGUUUCAUUAUAUGUCGUACACACAUUUAUAUUUACAAUGAUAAGGUUGUCUAUCCUUUGAGUUUGUCCAACAUACAAAUGGGUGAAAUCGAUGCAGAGAAAAUUGAGUUCCAUUUACAAGACGAUCGCAUACUAAGUGCUGCUGUAUGUGGACAAAUUCCUUUGAUUUUUAGUCGUACCCAUGGUUUGGUUUCUAUAACACCUGGCGACUUUGAUAGUGCCGAAAUGAUGGUUAAUAUAGCUAGUCCUAGUCCCGAAGUAUUUUCACCCAUUGCCGAAACUUCGCUCAGGGAACAAAGUGUCUUGUCCUCCUCAAUGAGCAAUAUAAAUGAACAGAAUCUAUAUAUGUAUGAACUGGAUCCUGAUUCUAUAUAUUCUGAAUUUAAAGACGAUGUUAGUCAGUUGAAAGCUGCCUUCAUAUAUCGCUUGAAACGUAAUACUGCCAUGUGUAAUACCAUUUUGAAUGAAUUGCUUAGGAAUACUGUGGAGCCGCAUACAGCGGGAACUUUGUCGGAGACAGCUCAAUUGGAUAAGAUGGUUAUAACCAUAGCUGAAGAUUUGGCAGAAGAUGUUCCUGCCUCCGAUCCUCGUUGGGAACAAUUGUUCGAAGAAUCCACUGCACAUAAACAUGCUUUAGGCAGCUCCUCUUCACUGCAAAUUAUCACACAACUGAAAGAGAAAAAUUUAGCCCUACGACAUUUUGUGGAAUUUUUACAUGCCACUGGGCUGUGGGAUAAACUCAGUGCCGUUCCCAGUGCAGGUGGCAGUGUUUUAAAGCCAACAAGUUUUGUUAUAUCCGAUAUCAAUGAACGUAUUAUAGCUGCUAUAGCUUUAAGAAGCAUUCAAAAUAAAUAUGGCAAGCUGAUCGAUGAUGCCAUCAAUUUACUUGUCCAACGUUGGCAGGAAAGACCACAGGGCAAUCUCACGGCACAGGAUUUGUUCUAUGUGCGCAUUUGUAAAUUCCAGGAUAUUCUACAGGCUUUUUGUGAUUUGGCAGAUGGUCGUAUAGACACCCAACAUCAGACCUCUUCGUUGGCCUCUUUUAUAUAUGACAUCAAUGUUAUUGUGCUGCAUGUUGUCAGUGAAGUUAUGAAUUUUCGUGAACAGAAUACCACAGUGUAUUCUUUGCCCGCUGAUAAAAUGGAUUCUUAUGAAUAUUUACCAUGGACUGCCAUGUCUGGAAAUAUUGGCAUGAGAGAUGCCCUUUCGCAUCUCAUUGAUAUUUCGGUGAAGUAUGGAGCACAUGGCACCAGCGAUCCGGAUUUAAAGCAGCGAAUAUAUCAACAAAUUUUGGAAUUAAUCGACAUAGUAUUGGAUGGGCGCAAGCAUUAUUUGGAUAGUGUUAGGGAUACGGAAAAAUAUAAUGUUUUGCAACAACAAUUCGAGUCACAGAGAAGGGCUUUGAUAUCGAUAUUGCUGGAUGAUCAACAGUAUGAAGCUGCUGCUAAACUGGCAGAGAAAUACUUGGAUUUCCAAAGUCUUGUGCUUCUUUGCGAUGUGACCAACAAUCAAGAACGCCUGGAUAUGUACAUUAAGAAAUAUGAAGAAUAUGAUUUUUCACAGUUUGCCAUCAAUUGGCAUUUGCGUCAAAAUCGUCAAGGUGAGGUGUUCGAACGUUUCAAAGGUAAUCAAGCUGCCCUAUCGCAAUUUAUGCGUGACCAUCCAACAUUGGGUUGGAUACAACUGGUAUUCAAUGGUGAUUUUGAGAGGGCAUCUAAAACUCUGUUUCAGUUGGCCCAAAGUGAAACAGAAUUUGUGCAAAGGAAAAAAUCCAUGCUGUCAUUGGCCAAAUUGUCUGCAUUUGCUGCUGCCGACUCAGAUGUCACCUUGCAGUUGGAGACAAUAAAUGCCGAAUUGAAUAUAGUCGAUUAUCAGGAACAAUUAAGUGAUCAUUUGUUGCAGACAUUCGGUUAUGAUGUGGAAAAUCAAAAAGUCUUGAGGAUAGAGGAAAUUAUUAAUCUCUUCAUUGCCGAGGAACACGAGACUGCCACUGAAUUUGAUUUUCGCAAAGCGUUAGAGCUGCUCAACUAUCUGGAGGAUCCCUUUGAGGCGAGACAUAAGAUAUGGUGUGCUGCUAUAUUGCGCGAUAAUUGGAUACAAUAUGAUACGAAUACUGCUGUUGACUAUAUACAGAAUCUUAUGUUCUUCAAAUUGAUUGAAUUGUGUCAUUUAAUGGAUGGCGAUUUUGAAACUUUCCUACCACCUAUGGAAGAAUUCCUCAAUAGCAGCGAUUUAGAGGACUUGGUAAACAAUAAGUCAUUCCAAUACCUGUUGAAACUCACAUAUGAAUAUAUCAAUGAUGCGUAUAAGAAAUCUGAUGAUAUGAUGGAUAUGUAACGGAUCGAGUUUGUAAAUGUCCAUCAAAUGCAACAAUGUUCAGUCUGUAUAAUUUUUAAGUUAUCAUUCAUUGUUUAGUCAGUAGGUUAAUAAUUUAUAACAAAAACAUACAAAAACACAAAUAUUACAAAUACAAAGUGAAUUUCUAGACUUAA